AGUGAACAUCGCUCAAAUAAUUUGUUUAAAAAUAAAAUUCGGCAUAGUAGCUCAACAGGUAGCGCGCGUGUGGAGCUGCAAAAUUUGAAAUCUUGUGCGUGCGUGUUGUUUGUGUGGAAUAAUAACAAUAAAAUAUAUAGGAAAAGCAAAUUUUCCAAAGCAAUUUACUAUAGUGGUGUGUGUUGCCGCUAAAAAUAGCAAACUAACAACAAGGGACACACGCGCUUUUCAGCUUAUCAAAAAAGAGCCCAUAAAGACGAUACAUAAUGCCGGUGAAAAAGAUAUUGCAACGGUGUAGACCCGUACCCCUGUACGUGGUACUGGUUCUAUCCAUAUGCUAUUUUAUCCUUCAAUUGUUACUCAGCCAUUGGACACACGGACUCACCCUGCUGAUGGCCUCCCAUCAUAUGUUGUGCAACAUUAUAGCACUCGGAGGUUGCAUUAUCACAAUUAAGCAUAGUAAACAGAAAACAGAAACAAAGGAUCCACCACCCAUUCAGACAAAGGCUAAUGGAAAUGGAGGAGCAGGUGUGAUUGUCAACCUCACCGAAGCGGAGGCCCAGACCAAGGCCAAGCGGGAGUGCCGGGAGCAGAAGUUACGCAAUACUUUUGGAUGGGCCAGGAUAGAUAUUCUGACCAUGUUGAUUGUGUUCAUUAUCCUGGCUUCGUUAUCCUUCUCGCUGGUGGUGGAGGCCCUGCAAACUCUGGUCCAUAUCGAUCAUCAGGAUACGAUGCAUUUACCGAUCCCAGUGAUGAUGCUGGGUUUCGUGGGAUUGAUUCUGAAUGGACUCACAUAUCUGUUGAUUGGCGGAUACACACUACACCAGGGUAGUUUCCUGCACUUGACACCCGGUGGCAAUGUGGUGCUCGAGCGUCCCAUGUCUAGCAACAUGGACGUAUCCCUGACACCGAUGCAAAGGCAGCUGAGUAAAUCGCGCAAUGAUAGACAGUUGCGUGAGGAAUUGGAGACGGAGGUGGGCAGUGUUUACUUUGCCACCAAACGUCAGGGAGCUGUAGAAAUGCUGCGCGAUGUCUCCAGCACCAUAUUUGUGAUCGUAUGUGCGGCUAUUGUCUAUGUGGCGGAGGAUGAGGAGCACACGGCCAAGUUCAUUGAUCCUGUUCUCUCCAUUUUCUCCUGUGUUCUGCUGGUGUCGCUCAGUUAUCCCUACAUGAAGGAAUCCUGUCUGAUCCUAUUACAGACCAUACCCGGCUCCAUCGAUAUGGAGAACUUUGAGCGGACUCUUGUGAGCAAAUUUCCUGAGAUUAUUAGCUAUCAUGAUCUGCACAUCUGGCAGUUGGCCGCCCAUAGCUACGUCGCUACCAUUCACAUCCAGUUCCAAAAUCCCAAACUCUAUCUCAAGAUCAUCGAUCAGGUGCGAUCGUAUUUCCAUGAUCAGGGCAUCAGGGCGGUCACUAUUCAGCCGGAGUUCUAUCCGUCCACAAACAAAGAUGCCUCCGCAUCACUGGAGUGCCUGAUGCAGUGCCAGGCAGCGGAAUGUAUCGAAAAGGUUUGCUGUCGCGACUCUCGAGCGGAUCUUCGCGAGAUUUGUGAUGCCCCAAAUGGCAGCAAAUCAUCAUCCACCUCAUCAUCGCAGGUCAAGAGCAAAUCAAAAUCCUGUGCCGAGCUGAGUUCAGUGGUUGUGGAGAAGCCCAAAGAACUGAAUCUAGGGCAGCUGAUUCAGGGUAAAGAUACCAAGGAACUGGCAAGGUCCAUGCCCAAACUGCAACAGACAUCCAUUGAUGAAGGGGCAGAAGGUGAAGCGGACUGCGGCUUGAGUUCAGCUUUGGCGAAAGGAUCUACUGACAGUCCACCGACGAGAAGCGAGUGAUUCAUCUUCAAUAAUUUAAAACAACUUGAAUCAAGGCUUAACGAUUUUAGCUAGUUAUUAAGUUUAGUGUACGAAUGUUUGCCAUAUCUAACUUGAGCUCCUUUUUUUAAGAAUGAGACGCUUAGAAAGCACUGGUUAAGCUAAUUAUUGUCAUAUGUUUUAUAGAGAAAUUAAAGAAACAAAAUAUAGGAACACUUCAGGAUAGCCAUAGCCAAAGUUAACAAGUUUAUAAUUCGAAAAAAUGUGUUUAAAAUAGAGAAAGUAUUCUUGGUAUCUUUCGAAUAUAAUUGAUAACCAAAUCGCUUCGAGUGAAUGAAUUUUUGUAGAGCUUUUUCCGGUAAAGAACCGCGCACUUAGAAGUACAAAAUCAGCACCUAAGCAUUAUCAGCCCUGAUUAUUGUUAAUUUGUUCUUUCAUAUAUUGACUUCUGUUUUAUUAUUGACUUGCUUAAACCCAUUAAUAUGUAUAAUAUUGUCAUUGUACCCUGUUGUUCUUUUUAAAAUCUUUAUAUUUUAUGACAAACCAAAAAAACAAACUUAAUUUUGCCACCAGUGCAUUUAAUUUAACAAAUAAUUAGUUUUUAAGGUAUAUUUUCUAAUUGUGUAUGUUGUACUGCGCAUAAGUCUAAGAAAUUUACAACCGAAACAUUACAACAAAUAUAUAUGUAUAUGUAUGCAUAACUUUGAAGUGUUA